AUGGAUAGUUGGAAUGAGGUGCUUACAGCAUGUGAUCCAAAUAUAAACGUCGUUCAGUCAAUAUCGGCCAUUGCCUUUGAUCCUUGUCAGGAGUUGUUGUGGACUGGAAAUGAUAAACAAUUAUUGGUCAGUGAUAGAGGAGUGAUCUCUUUGAGUUCCGAUUCUGUCAAGAUGACAAAUCGUAGAGGUUUGGUCAGAUGGGCAAUAAGCAAUGAAGACACUACUGAUUUGCGCUGCAUGACGUAUACGACGAUGCCCAAUUCAGAAAUUUUGGCGGCCGGGAGACGACAGAGCAUGCUCGUCAUCAACAUUGCUCGAGGAACGGUCGUAAAGAAGGUCGAGUCGGAGAGCGAAAUUGUGGUGAUGCGAAAGUCGAGGUUGGUGUGUUACGGUUCCACCUCGGGCGAAGUGACCCUCCGAGAUCCGCGGACAUUCAAAGUGGAACAUCGGAUUCAAGCGCACACAGGGGCCAUCUCUGAUAUAGACACCACGGGAAAUUUGUUAUUAACAUGCGGUUUUUCUGCGAGGCUAGCAAAUGCCGGCUACGUAAGUGCCGUUGAUCUUUCGAAAUCUGGCGAAAUGCUUGCAUUUGGCGACGCCGUUAGCAUGAUUCACGUGUGGAGCGAUCGCAAAAAUCCAAAGAUCAACGCAUACUCCAAUCCCGUGGAACUACCAGCUGUCCCCGGUCCCACUUCCAAUGUGUUUGUCGGCGAGAAUGAGUAA